AUGCAAGCUCUAGCAGAGGACUUACCUCCUCUGUCUAAAGGGGCAUCUCCAUGGAUCAGUACCUUUGAAAAGUUAACGGCAGCGGACACAUUAGCCCUAGGGGACAUAAAGGCUAUCAUGAAAAGGACGAGUAAUGACUCAACCUGGCAGGCUAUAGAGGUAGCUCUGAGAUUGGGAGCUGUACCAGAUGAUAGGUUGUUCAAUCAACACAGGAAUGCAGCAUGGGGACAGUUAAGACAAUUGUUGCCAGCUUCAGUGGACUAUCAGGCGCUCAAGGGAAUGGCUAGGAAGGAGAAUGAGGAUCCUAGGGAAUUUUUGGAGCGUGCUGCUAGGACUUGGAGAUCUUCUACUGGAACUAGACCUGAUUGCAAUCAUGCUACACAGACCCUUUUUAGACAAGGAGUAAUGGGAUGCUUACCAAAGCCUGUACAAGAAAAGCUAGAGGAUGUGUUUGACACCAUUGUGAUUGGUAGUGGAGAGCAACAAAGGAAAUACACCGUCUGGAGUGGCAAACAUGAGAUGGAAGAACACCUAAAGAAGCAGUUUCCCAAUGACCAAGAAGCUUUAGAGAAGUUUUUCAAGCUCAUGAAGAUCUCAGCUAGACAAACACAAUACCUGGCUACACUGAAGCUGAUUCCCCAGUGGGUGGCGUUGUUCCUGUUAAAAAGUGGCAUUGCUGAUCUCUGCUCCUCUAUCUUUCGGCUUGUAGGCACUAGCGCUAAAACAGUCGCCGACAGUCUGACCUCCAACAAGGAUCUCCAAAUGAUAUUCUCCUAUAUUUUUUAUGGCGUUCCUCCCAGAGACUCCAGCAUCGUGAUCAAUGCGUUACUGCUGCACCAUUACAAGCGUGGCGCGUACUACCCAAAAGGGGGUGCCAGCGAAAUCCCAUUCCACAUCAUCAAAGUCAUUAAAAAGUUUGGUGGAAACGUGCUCGUCCGUGCACCCGUGAAUCACAUCCUGGUUGACGACAAUGGAGCUGCAUAUGGUGUGACUGUAAGGAAAGGUCAAGAAGAUGUGGAAGUGAGAGCUCCUGUUAUCAUCUCUAACUGUGGAGUCUUCAACACUUUUCAGAAGCUUUUACCACCGGAAAUAAGUGCCAAACCAGAGGUUCAGAAUCGGCUGACUUCCAUGACACCCGGACAAGGAUCCUUAUUAGUGUUCUCGGGUUUCGAUGCCACACAGGAAGAACUGGGCAUCAGUUCGACUAACCUUUGGCUUUUUAAGUCUAAUGAUAUGGAUGGAAUGAUGGAUGAGUUUUUUAGUAUGGGAAAAGAUGACGCGCCAGAAAACAUACCCAUGAUGGUGAUCACAUUUCCCUCUGCCAAAGACCCCACUUCACAGAUCCGUCACCCAGGUAAAUCUUGCAUGACCAUUCUAGCAAUGGUCAGUUAUAAAUGGUUCGAAGAGUGGAAGGACACUACCGUCAGAAAAAGAGGUGAUGACUAUUUAGAGUACAAGAGGAGAUUCGCCAACCACCUUUUCAACUGGGCCUGUACUCACUACCCCAAACUGAGAGACAAGUUGGUGUAUCAAGAAGUUGCCACACCCUUGUCUAACAUCCACUAUCUUGGUGCUCACCUGGGAGCCAUGUACUCGGCUGAGCAUAACCUGGACCGCUUUCAGACGAAGUUGCUGGCCACAAAUCGUUGUGACACUCCUGUCAAAAAUCUUUUCAUUUCAGGUCAGGACGUGUUCAGCUGUGGUAUUGUAGGGGCGUUACAUGGAGGUCUCCUCUGUGCCUCUACAGUACUUAACCACAUUGUUUAUAUAGAUCUCCUCCUGCUUAAGAAGAAGCUGAAGAGAAGAAAAGUGAGAGAACUCUCAAAAAAGCGGCAGUGAGAAUGAACCAAUGAUUAUAGCAGCCGGUAAUUAUGUGAUCAUGGAAAUAACAGCCGUCUGGAAUCCAAAUCGCUGUCUAAGUAGCGCAUCCGAAUAACCUGACUUAUAAGUCGAUGCCUUAUUGGAAUCCUCUCUACUGAGAAAGCUGCCUAUGUAAGCAGUAGACAGCAGGGAAGCUUGCUAGGUUUUCGAACACACACAUUGUCUAAAACAAACAAACAAACAAAUAAAUGGUUGGUUGCUUGUUUGAAUAAUUAAUAUUAUUGCAAA